UAUUCAUACAUAAAUAUAUAAAAUCACAAAAGUCAAAGAAAACACCAGCCCCUCAUUAAGUCUUUCAGGGUUUAAAGGACUGGGUCCAAAAUGUUCCACUCUGCCUUCUAUUUUCUAUACCUUAAUGUCGCCAGCUGCCAUGAAAUGUCUUACCUUUGUGAUUUUAUAUAUUUAUAAAUUCUUAUUUUUGUAUAGAACGUUGUGUUUUACUAUUAUUGCUGUUUGUUUGCCACUGAUUAUGCUCGCUGUUCACAGAUGUCUCUUGUUUGGAUUGAUUACAAAGCUUGUCUCUGAUUGGCUUAGAAACCCUUUAAUAUCUAUGUUGGUAGGUCACGGCAGUACGCGCUGUGACUUGAGAUUUUUCUCAGAGUAAAAAAAUAUAUAUGAUAGUUAUUAUACUUUUAAUUAUUUCCCCCAUUUUCUAUUAACAAAAAUGUGAUGGUGGGGGGGAGGGAGUGGUAUUUUGUGCACGUGACCUACAUCUGUGUGCGUCGGCGUGGGCACGUACAUUCUAAACCUGAAUGUUAUUGGUCAGUUUACCUUUGGCGACCUUUGGCGGCUUGACGCUCUUUCUGCUAGCUAAAUGUGGGUAUGCCGCGUGAAAUGAGCUAAAAAUGAAUGAAUAACCGCAGUUCCCAGAGGGGGCGCACUGACCCCACCUGAGCUUUUUAUCCUGUAUGUGUGCGCGCGGUUUGUGCGCGAGUUUACCAGUUUUUUUGUUGUUGUUUUUGUUUUGUUUUUUGGUUUUGCGGGAACUGAACCGCUGACGGGACACACCAUCAUUCUCCAUUGACAAGUGAAAAUGUUUGUCACAAAGAGUAGAAAUGAGGCAAAUGUUGUAGCUUCACAUCCUCCUCUGGAAGUAUCAGGUAAACCACCUGAGUCUGGGAAUCAGCGUCCUCCCCCUCACACAGGUUUCCAUUGAAUCGCACUGUGAUGUCAGGAGUCACCAUGACGGAACAGGAAGUUGGCAGAUUUUUGGAGGAGAAAUGGAAUUUUCCGCUACCAUUUCCAUUCAAUCUUUGCUGGCAAACAAACUAUGGUUUUUCGACUGACUAGGAAAACAUUUGCUUGUAUUGGACGAGAAACCUCCCUUAUCAGCAUCACGUGACUGUAACAGCCGUACGCUGACACCUUUAAAGCCUGUGAGCUUUUAAGACCUUUGAAGAUGGGAAUUGGUAUUUCAUCUUCAUCCGCGGACUAUGAGAUGGAGCAUUACCUGGGCAGUGGCGCCUACGGAGCGGUCGUCCAGAGCAAGAAACUGGCCACCAAUGAGACGGUUGCUUUAAAAGUCAUAAAGAACGAGAGAUACAUGGAAGUAGCAAAGAAAGAGGUGGAGAUACUUCAGUACUUGAAGGGACUUGGCUCAGACAAGUUCAACAUCGUCAUGUUGAACGACUCCUUCACCCAUGUGGGAUGUUACUAUAUGGAGUUUGAGAAACUGGAUAUAAAUCUAACGGACUUCUUGCGGAAGAAGCCACGUCGCUCCCUGGAACAAAAGGAAAUUUGUCCCAUCGUGCAUCAGUUGGCCACAGCUCUGGACUUUCUUCAAAGUGUGGGGAUUGUUCAUGCAGACCUAAAGCCAGAAAAUAUUAUGAUCGUGGAUCAAGAACAAAAACCUGUGACGGUCAAAAUCAUUGACUUUGGUUUGGCCCUAAAAAAUCCAGAGGAACAUAGAGGAGCAGUUCUUCAGACCCUUUGGUACAGAUGUCCGGAGGUCCUGCUGGGAGCUGCCUUUAGUGGAGCGAUAGAUGUUUGGUCUCUGGGUUGCAUUGUUGUGGAAAUGUUUACCGGUUCUGCUUUGUUCCCUGGAGAGAAUGAGAAUGAAAUGAUAAAACACAUUGUCCUCGCCUUUGGAAAUCCACCAGAAUAUUUGCUAAAUUCAGGGCUGAAUACCACGCAAUUCUUCAACAAAAAUGAUGGAGAAGAGGAACCGUGUGGCCAGUGGACAUUGAGGAGAAACACUGAAAUAGAAAAUGUAAGCUUCAUUCCACAGAGGACUCUGGAUUUCCUCAACAUGUUGCGUGAAAACGUGUCAGACGAAAAUGCAGGUGAAAGCGAGAAAGAUAGUUUUGUCAAGCUGGUAGCAGACAUGCUGAAGGUGGAUUCAGCAAAAAGGAUCUCGCCGAGCGAGAUUCUUCUGCAUCCGUUUGUUGCCAAGAGCCAUCUGAGGGAGAAUAGCAUCCAUGAGAUGUCCUCCAGCAGUGCUGGAAGUAAAACAAAAAUAGACCAAAAUGAUAACGCAGAAUCUGGAAACAGAAGCCCCCACGCCAUCCCAGCUAAAAGGAGGAAGGACUGUGAAGAUGUGGAGAUGACGUGUGCACAGACGAGCCCAUCGAUGUCACCGUCACAGAAAAGACAAAGAGAUGAUGUAAUAUAGAUAUAAUCAGAUGAACUCUCAGCAAAGAAGAGGAGAAUAAACCAUAACAUAGGAAGUCGACGUCAGGAAGAGGAGGAUGGACGAUGAAGAGGCUUCAGAAUCA